CAUACCUCAGACAGCAAGACCUGGACCGGUUCCUCUAGCCGCGGGGCUAGAGCCACAGAAUCAACCACUUCCAGUUCAGACAGUCAUGAAUCUGCCUGGUCCAAGUAAUCCAGCACCUCACCAGGUUCAGUCAUACACAGGCUACCCAAUCCAAAAUUACCCUCCAAGUGCCAUACCUCAGACAGCAGGACCUGGACCGGUUCCUCCAGCCACGGGGCUAGAGCCACAGACUCAACCACUUCCGGUUCAGACAGUCAUGAAUCUGCCUGGUCCAAGUAAUCCAGUACCUCACCAGGUUCAGUCAUACACAGUAGGCUACCCAAUCCAAAAUUACCCUCCAAGUGCCAUACCUCAGACAGCAGGACCUGGACUGGUUCCUCCAGCCGCGGGGCUAGAGACACAGAAUCAACCACUUCCGGUUCAGACAGUCAUGAAUCUGCCUGGUCCAAGUAAUCCAGCACCUCACCAGGUUCAGUCAUACACAGUCCAAAUGCCUCAGCCAGGACAGCACAUAUCAGCAUAUCCUGUGCAAGGUUAUGGUGUACCUGGGCAGGUUCCUCCAUCUGCAGGGCUCCAGCCAGGCAAUCAUCCACCUCCAGUUCAGACAGUCAGGGAUCAGUCUAGUUCAGGUCAUCCCGUCCAAAACAACCUUUCAAAUCCCAUGCCUCAGUCAGAAGUCAUAGAACUUCAGUCAGUGAAUCAACCACCUCCAGUUCAGUCAGUCUUGAAACAGUCUGAUCCAAGCAACCCAGCACUUCACCAAGCUCAGCCAUAUGCAGCACCUGCAGUUCCUCCACCAGUUCUACUUUUUGGAGUACCACCCGGUCUCGAGUACUUCACUCAGAUCGACCAGAUACUUAUUCACCAAAAAAUAGAGUGUAUAAAGAUAUUAACUGGCUUUGAGACUAACAACCAGUAUGAGAUCAAGAACAGCAUCGGGCAAGAGAUCUACCACGCCAAAGAAGACAGUGACUGCUUUAUACGCAAUUUAUUUGGUCCAGCACACGGUUUUAAAAUGCAUAUUAAGGACAACAUGGACCAAGAGGUCAUUCAGUUGCACAGACCAAUGCGCUGCUUCCUGCAAGAGAUUGAGGUACAGGCUCCCCCUGGAGUAAUCAUAGGCUAUGUGAAACAGGAGUGGUCUUUUUUACCAAAAUUCACCAUCCUGGGCCCCAAUAAUGAGGUACUACUGAAGAUCCAGGGACCCUUCCUUCCAUUCAAAUGCUGUGGUGACAUAGACUUUGAGGUUAAAGGCAAUAUUGGUGAACAGUCUGUUGGUCGAAUCACAAAACAACGGAGUGGUUUAUUAAAGAAAUGCAUCAGUGAUGCCAGCAACUUUUGUAUCCAGUUCCCUCUGGACAUGGAUGUUAAAAUGAAGGCUGUACUUUUGGGUGCUUGCCUCUUUAUUGACAUAAUGUUCUUUGACAAAGGUGGAAAUUUAUUUCUAAAAUUAUUAAGGGCAUCAUGAAAUGCCUUCCUUUUUUUUCUUUUUCUUUUUUAAAGAGUGUCUAAAUUUAUAAUAUCCUGUCUCUGAGAGGCCAGUAUGGAGUCUGUAAGGAUUAAUUAGGACCUGGAGCAAAUCCAAGUUUUGCAUAUGCAGAUGAUUUGAUGAGUCUGCUUUCCAUUUGAGGGAGUUUGUUUUUCAGAGAACUACUUUUCUCUCCUCCCUUAGCAGAAACAGUCAUAUGCAGGCGGUUUGAGUGAGAGUGUGGUAUGGUCUGAAUGACAGUAUACAUACUACUAAUGCCGUAAUAGAGAAAAAUGCAAAACAGGCAGGCAACCUUUGUCAAGAUGGAGAAACCUACACACUUAAAUGGACUCAUAGGGACCUCAUCUAUUCCUUGGAAGGGAAUAUUCUUCAGUUCUACUUUCCUUUUUUGUGAAUUUUAGUGCUUUCAGCACACAUGCACUGUUAGGAAAAUAUUGAACAGUGUUUUCCACAACCUUGUAGUUUUAUUUGUACAGCACAAAUUAACCAAAUGUACUGCCAUUCGGCUGUAACUCUUCAAAAUGUCAGUUUCUGAUGAUGUCAGCACUAUUUUUUUAGCUCUCGUAAUCGUAUUUAGCUCUAGACAAAACUGACAAUCAUA